UUACGCGUGGCUCCCGGAUUCAUCUUGCGGUCCAAACUACAAAGUUGCACACGCCUUCGAAACCUCGCAACUGCUAGACUAUUUAGCGUAUAUUUAAAACAUGUCUGACCAACCUUCAUCCAAGAAGAAGAAGCAGAUCAGAGUGUGGACGGAUGGAUGUUUCGAUAUGGUGCAUUUUGGGCACGCGAAUGCGUUAAGACAGGCAAAGGCUAUGGGAGACUGGCUAUGUGUUGGGGUGCACAGCGAUGCUGAAAUCGCACACAACAAAGGACCUCCCGUUUUCAAUGAAGAAGAACGUUAUAAGAUGGUCCGGGCGAUCAAAUGGGUCGAUGAAGUAAUAGAGAAUGCACCGUAUACUACCACCCUAGAGACGAUGGACGACCAUGGAUGCGAAUUCUGUGUACACGGCGACGACAUUACCCUAACAGCCGAUGGUACCGACACCUAUCACAUUGUGAAGGAUGCCGGCCGUUACAAGGAGUGCAAGAGAACCGCUGGGGUGUCCACAACGAAUCUAGUAGGCCGUAUGCUGCUGCUUACAAAGUCUCACUUUGACAAAGGAGUGCCGAUCAGUGCUCUGGAUCCCGCUGAAGUCAGCGGUGCUAGCUCAGACGCAUCAGCCAAGAGCCCCUGGACUUGUGUGUCCCACUUUCUGCCAACGUCACAAAGGAUUGUCCAGUUUUCGGACGGUAGAGAGCCACAGCCAGGUGACAAGAUCAUUUACACUGCUGGUGCAUUUGACCUCUUUCAUGUUGGCUUCUUGGACUUCCUGGAAAAGGCCAAGGCACUGGGCGACUAUCUAAUUGUCGGCCUGCACACUGACCAGAUUGUCAAUAGAUACAAGGGCAGUAACUAUCCCAUCAUGAAUCUGCACGAGCGCGUACUCAGCGUCUUGGCAUGCCGUUAUGUUGACCAGGUGAUCAUUGGAGCGCCAUACUCUGUCUCCCAAGAACUUAUCGACCAAUUCAAGGUUGAUUUAGUCGUCCAUGGCAACACACCUGUCAUGAAUGAUGUAAAUGGUGAAGACCCCUACAGAAUUCCUAGGAAACUUGGAAUUUUCAAGACUAUUAACAGUGAGAGCACCAUUACCACAGCUGACAUUGUUGCAAGAAUUAUCAGAAACAAGUUGAAAUUUGAAGAGAGAAACCGCAAGAAAGAGAAAAAAGAGAUUGCAGCUUACGAGGCAUUACAGAGAAAGUCUGUAUCAGAACAGGAUGCUUAAAUCGGGGUAAUUGGAGUUACUGUAUAGUGAUUUGGUCUAAUGGUACAAAGCUGUAAUUAGAUACAUUUUAACUGCUUUUUAGCCAUGUUUUCUAUAAAUUGCCAUUCUCUUGUAGAAAUUGUUAAAAUAUUUCUCUUAGAUGCAAAAUAUAUUUAAUAUUCGAUAUAUUAAAUUGAAAAACAGAUUGCAAGACCUAUCGAAUGUAGUACAUUACCAUAAUUUAUAAGAAAAGUAACACAAGACUGGCUUCAAGUCAUAUGUUAUAAAUGAUAUUUAUUUAUCUCUUUAGCUUUGAACUCAAAACUAAUGAUCUACAAAAUGCUGUCAAGACUUGUUUUUUUAGUGUGGAGUAGGAUUUAAAUUUACAGUUAGAUUUAUAAUUAUUUGAUGGGAUAGAGGACAAAACUUCCAGACAACUUUUAAAUAUUGAUUUUUCUGUAAAAGGUUGGGGAUUAAUAAAAGCAAAUGCUAUUCUGUGUUACUUAAUUAAAGGUUGGCGUUUUCGUUA